AAAAAAUUUAACUUGCAUCGAUUUGUGUUCCGAGUGAUUUUUUAAAAACAUUUUUAGUCGUGAAGUGGAAUUGCCAUUCGAAAACGUCAAGAAUAAUGCACGUCAAAAACGACUUUGGCCACAGAGACGGUGAGCGAUACGCGACUUUGGAGAAACUCCAGUUGGUGUUGGCAUUGGAAUCCAGUUCGGCCAUCAGUAAACCUUCGAUGGGCGCAUCGGGUGAUGGUGCCCAAUCGACCGCCGUCAUUUCUGUCGAGGAAGAAUUACAUUCGUGCUGCUGUUUGUUGCCCUGCCCGCCUGAAUGUUCCAGGAACCGGAGCGCCAGCAAAACACAAUCCGACUCCCAUUCUUCCAGCAGCAGCAGUCUAUCGGCUCUACACGCGGUCCUUCUCGAAGCCGCUGACCGACAUGCAGAUGAACAGCGGGCGGCCGUCGUUCUGGUCGGCAGGAUCGACGAUAUCCUGGGCGGCGGGGUCGACGUCAACGUGACGGAUGAGAGAGGCGAAACGGCUUUGUCUUACGUCAAGAUCCUGUUGAGAAAAGGAUGCUUCCGGCUGGCUCAUCAAGUCGCUUCUCACCUGCUGGACCACGGGGCUCUCGUCGAUGCCGAAGACAACGGCCAGCAGACUCUGCUGUCGCAUUCGGUGGCGGCCCUGGACGGGGCGUCCGAUUUGACGCGAUUGCUCCUCAAUCGGGGGGCGGACGUUUGGCAUCGCAACGGAACCGGAGGCGACAGUCCGUUCGGCUCCUUUUUGCAGGCCAUUGUCAGGUGCCGAUGCGUUUCCGGGGCUACAAUCACGGCCGAUUUACUCGGGCGCACCAUGGGCAGCCGGCCGGAAGCUUUCAAGGCUCUUGUUCUGCGCUCCAUGUUGCGUCACGGCCGGUUUAUCCGCGUCCUGGGACCCGUUUUCGUCCAGCUCAAAUCCAUUCUAUCGCCCUACUGGAGACAGCCGCAACCGUUACGCUACGCAGCCUGGACGGUCAUCCGCCGACACUCGUCGCCGGUCAAAAGCUGGGCAAGAGAAUUACAGCAGAUGGGGCUUCCCCCGUCGGUCCUACGUUACUUGACAAUGGAGGAUUAGUUCCACGACAACUAACCAGAAGAAAACUACUGCUACUACUUCAUGGAAAAUCUUGUUGAUUGUUUGUCCAACUGUUGUACAAUAAGAAUUAAAAAGAAAAACGUCAAUUUGUAAAUAGCCGUUAAUUGUAUGAAAUAAAAAAAAGAAAAUUUUAAUUGUA